CGGUGACUCGGGGUGGGUGGCAGCAAGGGGCCUCGGUCAGUGGAGUUGAUGGGACCAUGUGCAAGGCCUGCAGGGCAGGCAGAGGGAGAACCUGGCCAGACUUAGACACUGCUGGCCAUGGAGGGCAGCAACCUACAAGUCCAUCAGUAUGGACAUCUGAGCAGGAGGGGCUCACGAGGCAUGGGGAGGGGGGGCGGGUAGCUGGGUGGACCUGAGUUCUUGGGUUCAAGGGGAAGCAUUACCUGCAAGUAGAGGAAGGUGAGAUGGUCAGAUGAGAACCAGAGGGUGGGCACUGACGGCAGAGCCCAGCUAGCUGAGGGGCAGACCGAAUAAGAAUGAAUCCAGGGCAUGCCAGGGGACUCUCAAUUUCAGGUUCAGUCCUGGCCUGGCAUUGCCUGCCUCUCCCCCAGCCUCCCCACUUGGGAGCCCCCUGCCAGAGGGUGGCAUUGGGCCCCUUGUUGGAGCUGGCUGGUUGUGUUUCAGAACAAAGUUCUGGACGUGGAUGGCACGAAGGUGAAACUGCAGAUCUGGGACACGGCUGGCCAGGAGAGGUUCCGCAGUGUCACCCAUGCCUACUAUCGUGAUGCUCAUGCACUGCUGCUGCUCUAUGAUGUCACCAACAAGGCCUCCUUUGACAACAUCCAGGCCUGGCUGACGGAGAUCCAGGAGUAUGCUCAGCACAACGUGGUGCUCAUGCUACUAGGGAACAAGGUGGACUCUGCCCAGGAGCGUGUGGUGAAGAGGGAGGAUGGGGAGAAGCUGGCCAAGGUGAGUUGGGGUGAGGGACUGUCCCAGGGGUGGCCCCCUUGGGGCAGUAGGGCCUGGGUUGUCCCCACCAGGCUGCCACCCUGCUGGCAGCAGCUGUUUGCAGGAGUAUGGGCUGCCUUUCAUGGAGACCAGUGCCAAGACAGGCCUCAACGUGGAUUUGGCCUUCACAGCCAUAGCAAAGGAGUUGAACCAGCGCUCCACGAAGGCCCCCAGCGAGCCCCGCUUCCAGCUGCACGACUAUGUCAAGAGGGAGGGCCGUGGGGCCUCCUGCUGCAGACCGUGAACCUGGCUGGGCACAGCCACCGGGGUUCCUGCUCAGAGGCCCAGGCUCAGCCCAGCCCCUGCAAAUCUGGUCUACAGGUCUCUCUGGCAUGUCACCCAGUGGUCAAUCCUAGGGUGCCCAUUUCCAGGACUCCCAGGCUAAGCCUUGCCUGUCACCCUGGUGGCAAUCUACAGCCUCAGUCCUAACAAGUGUUUCAGGGAGCCAGUGGGUCUGCGGCCCCCACUUCAUCUGCUGCCUGAGGGCAUUCUGUACAGCAAAGGGCACCCAGCAAUGUAGACUGGGGUGCCUCCUCCCCGGCUCACUAUGGCCCUCUGCUGCCCCCUCCUGGACAUGCUCAGCUUUGAGGCUAAGCAGCAGUGACCCCACGUGUACAGUGCCUAACCCCUUAGAAAGCCAUGUCUUCAGCUGCACACGCUGCCCAGACAGGGAAUGGCAGGGCUCCUGCCCCUGCCCGAGGUAGAGGGCUUCACCAAGAAUCACAUGCGUUUGUGCCAAGGCCCAGGGCUGCGUGUUCCCAGCCCACCCACUAGGAGGCUCUGGUUCAAUCAACAAGGUACUCCUCUCAUGGUUCCUUGGAGGAUGCCAAGACUGUUGCUUUGUAAUACAAGGAAUAUCAUGUGGCAAAUCACAGAAAUGUCAGGGAAACUAGGACUGCCAGCCCUUGCUUGCUGACGAGGGUACCAUCUUGGCAGACCGUGGUAUUGGGCAUGGCUUGCCCACAGCUGAGGCCUGUGCUUGGCGAGGUCAACCUAAAAAGGCUGGUAGUGCACUCCUUGUACUAAAAUCUUCGAGUCUGUUCAUUCUUUGUUUUCAAUCUUAGUGAAUAAAUUUGUGUUUUCUGGAA